GCACCAGUUGCAGCGGCUCUCGGUGUGGGUUCGGGGCUGUCAAUGGGUUUAAUAAAUCCGCCAUUUUCACACUGGCCGCGGGUUUGCGAGUGUGUGCGGCAGCCGCGGUCCGGAUGUGUGUGAAGCCGCUGCCCGGGGGGGGCCGCCGGCCAUGAAGAGGAAAAACGAGAAGCGCAGGGGCUGUGUGCCCAAGCGGCGCUCCCUCAGCAGCAGCCCCGGCCCCGGCCCCGGCCCCGGGCAGGGACAGGGACAGGGAGAGGGGCAGCUGCCGGCCCCCGGCACUGAUGUCUACAGCAGAGUGCAAGAUCGGCUGUAUUUUGCCAUUCUUCGACAGAAGCCCAAGAACACCGCCAACACGCACUAUUUCAGCAUCGAUGAUGAACUGGUGUACGAAAAUUUCUAUGCAGAUUUUGGUCCUCUGAACCUGGCCAUGAUACACAGGUACUGCUGCAAAAUCAACAAGAAACUAAAGUCAUUUUCACUGGCAAGAAAGAAAAUUGUUCACUAUACGAGCUGUGAUCAGAAAAAACAGGCAAAUGCAGCAGUCCUUAUUGGUUCUUUUUCGGUUAUUUACUUGAAGAAAACUCCAGAGGAAGCCUACAGACUGCUGGUAGGGGGGAAUAACACAUACCAACCUUUCAGGGAUGCUUCAUUUGGCACUUGCACGUACAAUCUAACAGUUCUGGACUGUUUAUGCGCAGUGAGCAAGGCUUUGCAGUAUGAAUUCUUUGAUUUCAAUACAUUUGAUGUAGAUGAAUAUGAACAUUAUGAGAGAGCAGAAAAUGGAGAUUUUAACUGGAUAAUCCCAAGGAAAUUCUUAGCCUUUAGUGGGCCACAUCCAAAGAGCAAAAUAGAAAAUGGUUACCCCCUGCACGCCCCAGAGGCCUACUUUCAAUACUUCCGAAAGCACACUAUCACCACGAUUAUUCGCUUAAACAAGAAAAUGUACGAUGCCAAACGGUUCACAGACGCUCGCUUUGAGCACUACGAUCUCUUCUUUGUGGAUGGAAGCACGCCCAAUGAUGCCAUCGUGAAAAAGUUCUUGAACAUCAGUGAAAAUGCGGAAGGAGUCAUUGCCAUACACUGUAAAGCCGGUCUUGGCCGAACGGGCACUUUAAUAGCCUGUUAUAUCAUGAAGCACUACAAGCUGACAGCAGCAGAGGCCAUUGCCUGGAUCAGAAUCUGUAGGCCAGGGUCUGUAAUAGGACCUCAACAGCACUUUUUGGAAGAGAAACAAGCUAGUAUGUGGGCACAAGGCGAUCUUUUCCGUGCCAAGCUAAAGGAACAGCAGAAUGGAAAGGACAAGGUUGGGGUUACAAGGAUUCUGUCAGGGGUUGAUGAUAUUUCCAUUAAUGAUAAUAAGACAAAUGACAAACCAGAAAAUCACAUGUAUAAUGAUGAUCACUAUCCUAAUAAAAACGAGAUGACCCAAGGAGAUAAACUUCGAGCCUUGAAGAGCAAAAGACAAGCUAGAGCCGCGACUACCGGUUCAAUUAAGUUGGAAGAAAACAAAAUACACACUAGAUCAUCAUCCCAGGCGGUUAGUAGGAUAAUCCUGGAGUCCAGUGCACAGAGCGCCAAGACCUCUCUUAAGCCAUCUGCUGUUCCUGGCGUGGGUCUGACAGGCAGUACCAAGAGGACAACAAGGUCCAUGGCAGCCAACAGUAGUUUAAGGAGCCACCCCCUAAACCCUAGGCUAGCCAGUUCACUGGGCAACUUGCAUGCAUUGACUAGUGACAAGGACGCAGCCCAGACGAGUGAUGCAAACUCAGGUGCUAGAGCCCAGAGUUAUUCUGUCACCCAGCUGAAUAACUCAAACGUUAUAAACAACAACAGCCACUCCUCCUCACGAAGAAGGGCUGCAGAUAACGGCACCAGCGUCAGUCCGUAUGCAGUACGGAAUUUAAGCCACUCUCAUCCAUCACUCCACACUCCACACUAGAGUACCAUUACUCCGCUAAAAUGGCAUCUGAAUCGACAGCUUGGAGGAUUUGGAAAGAAAACCGGAGGACUGGAUUUCCUCUCCCCUCUUUUUUCCCCAUAAACAAUAUACUGUAUGCUGAAUUGGGACUUCACCAUUCCUUCACCACAGGACUCUGCACCUGAAUUCCUGCUUUUGAUUGAUGCUAUUUCCGUGUGAAGUGCUGUUAUUCAGAAGGUUGUAUUAUUGACUGCAUUAUUCUUAAUUCAAAGAAUCAUUGAGUAGGGCAUAGUGGUGAUGAUUGAUCGUCUACAGGCACCCAUAACCUGCUGAAUUGAAGACAGUUUUUAAAAAUAAAAGGCCUGAAGGAACAUUUUGAAGCUUUUAAACAAAAAAGUGAAAACUUGCAUUGUCAAUCUCCCUUUGUUUUCGAUUGUAUCUGAGCUCAGUGGUAGCAGUCAGUCCUUUAACACCAUCUUAUGGCCAAAAUAUGAUAGUACAGUACAUAUAAAGUUACCUUAGAUGGCAUGAAAUGAAUCUUAGCAAAUUGGUUUGGCGGCAUUCAAUGUAACAUAUGUUAACUCAUAAUUCUUCAAUUAAUUGCCUUUCUCCUACCUCCUCCCUUCUGGUUCACAGAAACCUUCCCAGGGAUAAUUGUACUAACCAAUCACGCCUUGCUGUAUUUCUGCAUUGGAAUGUAUAUUUGAGAACCCAUUGAGUUAUUUUUAUCAGCUGGAGCACUAUUUUAGGUGGUUAAUGCUGUAGUUGUGUAGAAAGAGCACUGUGUGAUCUUGUCUUGCAAGGGAUAUUUUUUGCAAUCAGUGCAAAAUCAGUGAAAAGGAACAAUCCCUGCCUUGCUUCUGUUAAACGCCCAUUUGUGACUGAUUCAGCUCUCAAAACUAAAUGUCCCUUCACACCCUGAAUUACAAGAGAAAACUGCCACCAGUAAGUAAAAACAAUCCUGAACUCCUGCUCAGCCCAUCUAUAUUGCUUUCAAAAAUAUGUAUGUUUUUAUAUAUAUGUUUUUUGUAAAAGCUUAAUUUUUUUUUAAAUCAUGCAGUCACAACACACAAUAUUUCAGGAUAUAUUUCUAGCUUAUUUCUUGAGUUUAACAUUUUCCGUUACAAAAUAACUGGUGCAGAAUCCUUUUUUGUUUAAUGCAUUGAAGAAAUUGCAUUAAGAAAUUGAAGUGGCUGAAUUAAGAGCUGGAACGAUCAUCAGUGAUCCUUUAUCUGAAAUGUAUAUGGUUGUUUGUAAAGUACAAAUUUUAAAGCAACACGUCCUUAUAAAUCAGUCACCAAGAAGAUUUGUGUUCUACUACCAAGUUGUGUAGUAAGACAUUAAGACAUUGCCAACAUUAGUACUGGUUUCUGUAGAAUAGAUAUGGUCUAACUAUAACAAAAAAAAUUAACCCAAAUUGGGGUGCAAGGAUAAUAUUUUUGUAUGCAUGAUCAAAUUGUAUUUUACGAGUCUGUUGAUUUUGCAGUGAAUGUCUUCUGGAAUAGACUUGGUGUAGCUGCAACAAUAACCUUUGUGGCUUGGAAAUGUAGUCUGUUUGGCAUAGCCAAAAACCCUUUUUUUGUAACUUGUUACAGAAAAUAAGCUUAUCUUUUUAUGUCUUUUAUAUCUAUUUAUUGCUCUCAAAUUGAAAAUAUUAGCCAUAGAGUGAUAACAUGAAGAAUUGUACGAAACGGUCCAAGAUGCUUGGAAAAUGUUUGUUUCCACAACCCUCAGUUUGAUUUUGAACACUUCAUUCAGCCUCUUCUUAAACCAGACUCUCAUACUUCUGCUUACUGCAGUGUGUGUAUGUCUGCGACUUUUUUUCACUGGCAAAUUUGAUUUUCCAGUAUAAACUUUUCCCUCUUAAUUUUACUUUUAUUUGGGUGAAGGGCAUUUUUAAACUUCAGAAACUCAUAUUUCUCUAUGGUAUAUAAUUUGUAUAAAUUUGAACUGUUAUUACAUAAUCAUCCCUGAAACGGGGAAGUUUUUUUUUAAAAAACUGGUUGCAAUGUUUGUGUGGAACUGAUAUAUACUUAUUUUGUAUAGAUAUGUAUGUAGAACAUAACCAUACUGAUUUUUUUAUGACCAGAAAUAAAAGUAUGAUAACC